AUGGCUGGCGCUGGGCGGCGCCACCCUAAACCCGACCGCCUGGCCUGGAUCCGCCGCCGUACCUGGCCGAAGCAGCGCGGCGCAAAGCUGAGAGGCAGCAGCAGCGAAAGCGAUGGGAACCCCGAGCCCGUUGUCAAGCCGGCGGUCCGCGACGGCGAUGUGGCCUCCAAGCAUGCCCUGAAGCUGGGGGGCGGCGGUGGCGACGGGACAUGCUCCCCCAAGCUAGGGAGCGGCGGCCACGAUGUUAGCCGAAAGCGUGCCGUUGAGGUUGGAGAUGGAGGCGACGGCGGCAGUUGCUAG